ACCAAAAAAUCCCCCAUCUUUCAACAAUGGCUCUCUUCACUUCCAUCUCUUACUCCCCCUUCUCCGCCGCGUUUCCGAUCGGCCGCUGCCCUCUAAACACCUUCAAGCGCUUCACUCAUCCCCUCAUUUCUUCUUCCCUGAGCUCCCCCGAUUCAAAACCAUCCUCCGCUUCAAGUCAAACAGUAGUUUCCUCCACUGAAACUUCCACAAACGCUUAUCCUGCUUCCUCCAGACCCCCCGAGCCGAGCUUCAGCUACGCUUCUGCCACCGGCAGCCUGUUUACUCGGCUUACCAAGUCUGCCGAGUCUUCCAUUGAAAGGACGAUAUUUGACUUCCGAUUUUUGGCGCUAUUGGCAGUUGGAGGUUCGUUAGCUGGUUCGCUAUUGUGCUUUCUCAAUGGUUGUGUUUAUAUUGUAGAAGCCUAUAAAAUUUAUUGGGGUAGUUGUGUCAAAGGCCAUCACACUGGACAAAUGGUUCUGCGACUAGUUGAAGCAAUUGAUGUUUAUCUAGCUGGGACUGUCAUGUUAAUUUUUGGUAUGGGAUUGUAUGGAUUAUUUAUCAGUAAUGUGCCGAAUGAUGUACCUUCCAGUGCUGAUCGUGCUUUGAAGGGAUCUUCUUUGUUUGGAAUGUUUGCUUUGAAGGAGAGGCCUAAAUGGAUGAAAAUUAGCUCACUUGAUGAAUUGAAGACAAAAGUGGGACAUGUUAUUGUCAUGAUUCUUCUGGUAAAGAUGUUUGAGAGGAGCAAGAUGGUGCAAAUUACCACUGGUUUGGAUCUACUGAGCUAUUCUGUUUGUAUUUUUCUAUCUUCUGCUUCUCUGUACAUCCUUCAUUAUCUACACAAAUAAGGAUAGCGAUCUCA